AUGUCCACCUGUAUGGCACCCACUGACAGAAAUUUACGCAGCUUUAAGCCUCUUAUUCUGUUCCAUGACCACAAGUUUGUAAGAGACAGCACCGGCAGCCUCGAACACAUUCGCAUCCCUUACCAUCAUCCCCAACAUGCAUCCUCUAUUGACUCUCAUCGAAUGCGAGUCAAGCAGAUGCUGAGAAAUAAUGUUCGAUUUUGGACUGACGUUGGUGUAGAGACAGACCUUCAUCGAUCCUCUUCUACUUCUUCAGUCUCCUCUACGUCCUCACUUCACGAUCUUCCAUCUCCUCCAAGUACUUUGCCGUCUCCUAAACAGACAUCACGCUCACUGAUGUCUUGUACAACCAACCCUCAUGCUGUUCCCGCGGGUCGGGCACCAGCUUCUCCUCCCCUCCUGAAAAUCAGAAAAAGACGCGGUAAUCUCCCAAAGACUACGACAGCAAUUCUCAGGGAUUGGCUCACGAAACACAAAAAACACCCUUAUCCGAAUGAGGAAGAAAAAGAAGCACUGGCGGGAAAAACCAAUCUGUCAUUCAACCAAGUGAGCAAUUGGUUUAUUAAUGCCAGACGACGAAUCUUAUUACCAAUGCUUGAGAAAGAAGACGAAGAUGGGUUAGAAGUAUAUGCCUACCACAAUAUUGGUAACAAAUAAUAGGAUAGGCUAUCAAUUCUACCAAUCAAUCAGCCACAACACUCACAGAAAAACCUCGCUAUAUCUUUAUCUCUUACUUACUUACUUAUUUAUAUCUAUCUAUCUAUCUAUCUAUCUAUCUAUCUAUUUACUUAUCUAUUACUUUCUUUACUUCUUUAUCUCCUUUACUUCUUUAUCUUCCUUUGUCAUAUCUAAAAUCUAUCUGCCUUUAUGUUUUCUUUUUCUUUUUGUUUUCUAUAUCUCUCUUUCUUUUCUUCACGCUUUAUUUAGUUUCCUUUCCCUUGCUUCUUCUUAUUCUUCUUCUUUGAUCUACAAUAACCCACCCACUCACCCACCCACCCAUUUACGCUUUACCAUCGUUUUAUAUUUUUUUCCUUUCUUUUUAAAUAUCUAUCUAUAUAGCAUAUAUACACAC